GUAGUUUUUGACAGCUGCUGAUGGUUCCAAGUGUUCUGUGUGGAAAUAUCCGGAAGGAAGUAGUGAGAUCAUGGGUUGUGGCAGCAGCCAUGACUUGCCGUACUCGAAUCAGAACUCAGCGGUCGUCAAGCGACCGCAAAAUCCUGACGGUCGGAUGAUGAAUGGCCAACUUCGAGUUCCUGACGACCGAAUGGACGUCGUUUCAGUUCAGGCGGAAGUAGAUGAGGAGACGUUGAAAGAGUACAUCGAAUUGGAGAAGCAAAUACAAGAACGCGAGCUUGAAAGUCCAUUGAAAAACUUGGAACUGAAAAGUUUGCAAUUGACUCAGAUUGAAAACCAGAUCCCAAAGUUGGAAGCUGAACUUGCUGACCUCAAGGCACAGACGAACAAUGAAAAUGACUCACACGAUAUUGAAGCAGAAUUGAAACAAGCUGUGAUGGACAAUGGAGAAGCUGAUACUGAUGCAGAAAAGAAUGAUUCUCUUGCUGCGAUCAACAGACAAAUUAUC